AUGGGUGCCUGCACGUCUAUCGAAGACGACGACGUGCGUACAUCUACUUCGUCGGUGCCGGCUUGGAUGACGGAACCGUGGCGAUACCAUCGCCUUCCUCGACAGACCUCGACGUUCCGGAAAACGCACAAGGUGCUGUCGGUACUGCUCAACGUCGACCUGCUACGCCAAAUGACAGUCUUCCAGCCGGGAAUGUGCCGUAUGGUUCGGUACCUGCUGUGUAGGUGGCAGCGGCAGACAGGACCGUAUGCGAAAGCACACUUUAUCGUGUAUGCGCUGCCGAGCGACCAUCCUGUGGACCGGUUGUACCUCGUGUCCGAGCUACACCACGCUCAUCCCCUCGUACUCUCUCGCACCCUCAUGGACCUGUUCGCGAAGGCGGGGUACGUCGAAUGUGUGCAAUUCAUGCACGACCACUUCCGCCACGGAUGCACACGCAACGCCAUGGACUUGGCGGCGGCGGGAGGACAUUUGGAUGUGGUGACGUUUCUACACACCCACCGCUUUGAAGGGUGCUCCACCGACGCGAUCGACUUUGCGGCCGCGGGGGGACAUUUGGAAGUGGUGGCUUUUCUACACACCCACCGACCCGAGGGGUUCACGCGCCAUGCGCUGCAUUUCGCGGCCGCCCAUGGCCACGUCGAUGUCGUGGCGUACCUGCAAACCCAUCGUAAUUGUGGGGUGGCUAGUACUGCUACUAGUACUACUAGUUCCGCGCAACUCGUUGCCUUCCCCGUGACCGUCUCAGCCCCUUCCGUCGAUGCGUCGUCGCAACUCGUGCCGUUGACCAGUGGCUACCGCCACGAAUGGCUGACCUUGACCAACCAUAACCGUCGCGCCCGUCGACUUGUGCUCCCGGUAACCGAUGACAAUACUACCGGUGACAACAACGGUGACAAUGCACUUGGACGUGCAAGUCGUGAACAUGGCGAAGCGGUGGCGAUGGAGCUGAAUGCUAUGGAGUGGGCUGUGCUCCAUGGCCACGUCGACGUCGUUGCGUACCUCCAUCGCCUUAACACUGAACCUGCUAGUAGUACUAGUAGUAGUAGUACUAGUGCGUGGUAUGGGGCAUCGGUUCACGUGCUCGAGCUGGCGUCGUUGCGAGGACAUGACGCUACGACUGUCGCGUACAUUCACGCGCACAACUUGGUGCUGGCCACGUAA